UAUGAUUCCUAUGAUUUAAAAGUUGAUAUUUACAGAAACAGACUUUACUGUAAAUUAUUUAAUUAGUGAUAGUAAAUAGCUAAAGAUAUAGCUAUUUUAAUCUAUAAAGAUUGUGUUAAUGAAUAUAUUUUUUUAAAAAAAGAAAUAGAAGAACAAAUGGAAUAGUACUUACAACAUAAUGUCAAGGAUGGUAAUUAAUAUUAAUAAUUGCUAGUAAUUAGUUUAUUUGAAUUAUAUAUUCAAACUAAAUAAAUCACUAAUUCUCUAAUAUUAUUUCAUAAUUUUAGAAAUCAUUUUCUCAAAUAUGAAAGGAUUGAAGAGUUCUCUUGGCUUCGAAUGGAGAAGCAUACAGAAAAAGAUAUUGAAUUAUAUGUUUAAAGAAUUAAAUUAAUCAAUUCCACUUAGUUUAAAAACACAUUAAAAGUUCCUUCUCAAAAAGAAAUGUUUGAAAAUUUAUAAUAAAAGAUGACAUAACCAAAAUAGAAAAAAGUAUUAUAUUAUUUAAAAAGGACCAUAAUGUUCUUGAAAAAUUUUCUCCAAAAACUGAAAAGAAGAAAUAGUAAUCAAAAUAAAAUACACAUAGAAUAAUUUUUUAAAACUGAUUUUUUGAUUUCUUUGUUUUAAACUAAUAUAUAUACUUUACUAUUAUUUAAAUUCUUUUUGUUUUGA